UCUGUCCUUCCUCUGUCUCUUGGCCGCUUCCUCCAUCUCCAUCUCUCCCUCUCUCUCUCUCUCUGCUGGUCGCCUCGUACUGGAGAAGAAGACAAAGGUCGUGCACAGCUCCGCUCUUCAUAGCCGCGAUCUCAUCGUCAUCAUCAUCUGUACUGACAGGGAGAGCGCGGUCGUCGCAGCUCGGAGUAAGUUCUCUGUCGGUGACGCGAGAGGCGGUGCGGCAUUUUCCUUUGUGGGGGGUUCGUACUAGAUGUUGCUGUUCGUAGUUGCCUCUGCAUUGUGUUGAGCGAGCGUAGGAGGAGGCGAAGCAGAUCUGAAAUCUCUGGCCAGACGGCACUUUCCGGAAAGGUGCAGAUGUGAAGUUUCUGUCUUCUUUUCCUCAAGCUGAUAAGAGAAUUUAGACAACUACUUCAGCUGUGCUAUUGAAAAUUUCAAGCUGCGAUCAAGGCAAUGACAUUGCUCGUACUAUCAUAAGAGUGUCAGAGAAUCAUGGCAUCGCAAAUGCUGAAAGCCAAAGAUGAAAGCAUGCCGGAAACAAAACAAUUCCAUCAGCAGAAGAAAAGAAUCACAACUCAGAUUCAUUCCUCAAAAUCCCCCAGCAAGUCAUCCUCCCCUAGUAGAAUAAAGAAUAUUGACUUUUUAGAGAAGGUUGGGGCACUAAAAACAGAAAAGCUCCCUCGACAAACUGCUAAAGAUAGGGGAGGUAUCAAGAACUCAGUUAUAUCAUCUUUAGGGACUCCUCAAAAGCCAUGGCCUGGUAGGAAGGUUCCUGAGAUGGAUGAAACAGUUAAGAACAUGUCCAAUGUGCCCUUUUAUCUUCAACGCACGGAGAAAGGCGAUAGUAUCCACGAGAAAGCACUGAAUGUUGGAGUUCUCGAGUGGGGGCUUCUUGAGAGAUGGACACACCUUCAGAAAUGUGGCACGGAUGCAAGGGGUGGUGAUUCUUCCUCUAAGUGUACUGAGUCCACUAUGUUUUCUACAUAUGAUUUUUCUAGCCCUCUCUAUCAAAGGAAGAAAUCUUCUGUUCUUGAUCAUAAGAAACACUCAUUCCCGAGCAGCCCAACUAUGAUGCAAGAAGAGGAAGUAUAUAGACCGAUAGAAGCCUUUUCUAAUUCAAGGUUCUCUUCGAUUAUGCUUCCUAGUCAACAUGAUAAUCAUCUUGAUGUGGUUUUUGAUCCUUUGGGCCACAAAAAUGACAAAGAUAUCUGUACAGGUUUAGAUUCUGAAGGUGCGCCCGUUGAAUUACGCCUAGGAUCACAUUCUACCACUUCACCUUCAAGAGAUAAUACCGAUCAGGCUACUGUAAUCAGUAUUGGAGAAGACCAUGACUGUAGCUCGACGAACAUUAUUCCCUUGGCCAAGGAUACGAUGCCUCUUUUUGAUGACAAUGAAGAGAUUUGGGGUUUCCUUCAACAUAGUGCGGAUGGUAAACAGCCUUGUUCUGGAUCUACAAUAACUACUGACUGCUGGCAAAGCAAUUCAAACAGCAAAAGCCAUUCGGGCAAUCUGGUUGAGGAUUUUGAGAUCAUUUACAGAUUUUCUGAGGUUCCUCACUCAUGCCCGCUUCCUCUGGCCAUUGUGAAUGAUGAACCCAAUGUGUCGUGCGAUGUUCCAUCAGUAGGUGUGGCACCAACUGAUAAACCAGUUCAAGGAAAUGGGGGCAUUCCUAGUGCUUCUUGUGAGAAACUUGAGUCAUGUACCACCCAGAAACCAAGAAAAUAUGAAGCCAAAGCAAUUGCUUCAGCAGGGAAGAAGUCGACAGUUUAUCCAUCUAGCACUGGAGCAAAUAGGAUGAGCAGGAGUUCUAGUUUGAAGGCUGGCUCAUCGGAAGAACUAUUCGAGUCGAUCUCGUUUCUUUACAAUUCCCAUGGAGAGCAAGUAACCAGGAAUAGUAAAGGUAGACAAAGUCCAUUGAGGAGGCUACUAGAUCCGAUAAUGAAGCCAAAGAACAACCUUCAUUCGACUGGGAAAGUUGCAGACUUACCUGGUCACUAUUCUGGUGAACUACAAACUGAUAAAUCAUUCCCAAGAGUGAACAAGCCAUUGAACACAACUUUUCGUUCUAUGUGCCAGACAAGAGAAAGUGUUAUUACUUCGAAGGAAUUACCUUAUAAUGGCAAGGGAACUCAAAAUGACAAAAACUAUGCCACAAUGAUGAAGCAAGCUCUUCUUCAUCUGGCUUGGAAGAAUGGGCUUCCUUUGUUCAUGCUUUCGUGCGAUGGUGAAGUACUUGCUGCAGCAAUAACGACAACUAGUACCUCCAACAUCGACAAUCUGGAGUGCAUCUUCACGAUAUUCUCCAUAGAUGGAUCCAAGAAGAAAAACACAUUUUGGCACAACUCUGGAAACAAGUGCAAGCAGCAUCAGUUGAUCUCAAAUGUUGUCGGUCAGUUGAAUGUUGCACUUGGUGAGGUGAAGAGCUUGCCAUACGGCAGUUUUGAUUCUGUAAGAGAGUUUGUCCUGCUUGAUGCUUCCAAGUCUGUUGACUCUCGAGCUGUGAGUGAACUUGCUGCCAUGGUUGUUCAGAAACCACCGUCUAGAAAACCUAAUUUAUGGACUAUAAGUGCAGCAAAUGGUGAGAAAAGUUUAAAUUCUGAUCAGCACAAUGCGAUAGGGCAAUCUAGUAUAUCAGUCAUAAUACCGAGCGGCAUUCAUGGCUUGGCCACAGAUGGGGAGCCCUCAAGUUUGAUAGAAAGAUGGAGGUCUGGAGGGGUUUGUGAUUGCGGAGGUUGGGAUGAGGGCUGCACCUUGAACAUUCUUAGCAACAAGUUUCAAGAGCACAAUUCAUGUGGCUCAUUCCAACCUUGUCAAACUACCAAUGGUACUCAUCGGUUAGAACUAUUCACUCAGGGAGCAUCUCGGGAAACAAGACAAGCCUUCAGCAUGGUUUCUUGCCAAGAGGGGCUCUACACUGUUGAUUUCCAAUCAUCAAUUUCUCUACUUCAGGCCUUCGCAAUCUGUUUAGCAGUCAUCCAUGGCAAAAGGUACUGCAUUAGUUCAGCCCCGCAAAAGAGCUUGCAGGAGCAUAUUGUCAACGAUCGGUUAGGGAAAUAUCCUACCACCCAUGCAGGCAAUCCUAACAGCUAUGUGCCAAAUCAUCCUCCUGUUUCUCCUGUUGGAAGAACUUAAAAAUACAAGCCUCUCAAACACCAUGAAGUUGAGCACUCUAUCAGUAUCGUACCACCACUCCAGAACUAGGUAGCUUCCAUCUCUUUAAGCAACUUGUAUAUCAUCUCCUUGUUUUUUCAUGUAAAGAAAACCAUAUUUCUCAGUCAUAGACAGUGUGAGGAAGCCAUAGAUAAGAAUCAUCAAUAAGCAAGUGGAUAAGAACUUUUGGCA